AUCUUAGAUCAUCAAGAUAAUAUAGAACAAAAAACGAAGAUGAAUAACUCUUUCUAAAUCUUUUAGAGUACCAAUACUAAAUGCCAAUUCAUUUAAUUUCAAUACUGCUGAGAUGCAAACUACAACUUGGACCACUUCAUCCACAGUUUUCUUUCCUUUUCAUCCACAAAAGCUCUCAAGGUUGUCAUGUGAUCAUGCAAACCUCUAGCAGAAUGACAGGCCAUAGGAAAAUCCUGAUCGUCGCCUAUUCAGGGAAAGGCCACAUAAAUCCAGCCCUCCGGUUCGCCAACCGCCUCCUCAAAUUGGGUGUCAAUGUCACCUUCUGCACCAGUCUCUCCGUUGUUCAACGCAUCGACAACGAAACCAUCCCUCAGGGCCUAACGUUCGCUCCUUUCUCCGACGGGCACGACCGCGGAAAACAACCAAAUACACCUCUCCAACAGUUUAUCUCUGAUUUCGAAACAAACGGUGCUCGUGCCGCGGCUGAAGUUAUCCUCUCUGCUGCGGACACAGGUCAACCGUUUGACUGUUUGGUCUACACCACUGUGAUACCAUGGGUAGCGCGGGUGGCGCAUGCCCAUGGUGUCAAAUCCACUCUCCUGUGGUGCCAGCCAGCAACCGUAUUGGAUAUUUACUACUACUAUUUUAAUGGAUAUCAAAGUUUGAUAUCUAGUAACAACAACAACCCAACGUUUCCGAUCAAUUUGCCCGGAUUGCCACCGCUAACCAUCGCGGAUUUGCCUUCUUUUUUGCUGGCUUCAUGCCCCAAGGAACACGAGUUUCUUCUACAGAUUAUGAAAGAUCAUAUUGAUGUACUGAAAUUAACUACAAGUAUUCCAAGAAUACUUGUAAACGCUGUUGAUGAACUUGAAACCAAAUCCAUCCGGGCAAUUGAGAAACUCGAGUUCCUUCCGAUCGGGCCGUUAAUUCGGUCCGACGGAAAAGACUCGGCAGAGCAUUCUCUGGGAAUGGAUUUCUUCGAGAAAACAGAUGACCAUUAUAUCGAAUGGUUAAACACACAAGCGAAAUCGUCUGUCGUGUAUGUUUCAUUCGGAACCAUAGCAACUUUUCAGAUGGAGCAACUGGAGGAGAUGGCAGUCGGGUUGAUGGAGAUUCGCAGGCCCUUUUUAUGGGUGAUAAGAGACAGUGAGCAAGCGGAAAGAUUGCGUAAGAUGGGGGGAUUGCAGAACCAGGGAAUGAUAGUGGGAUGGUGUUCUCAGGUGGAGGUAUUGAGCCACGAAGCAAUUGGGUGUGUUGUGAUGCAUUGUGGGUGGAAUUCGACGGUGGAGGUGUUGGUGGCCGGGGUUCGUAUUGUGGCAUUUCCGCAGUGGUCGGAUCAGGGAACGAACGCGAAGAUGGUCGAAGAUGUGUGGAAAACCGGGGUGCGGGUGAGAACGAGGGAGGGGGGUGGAAUGGUGGAGGGGAUGGAGAUUGGGCGGUGUGUGGAGAUGGUGAUGGAGGAUGAACAGAUGAAGACGAAUGCUGAGAAAUGGAAGGAGGUUACAAGAGAAGCUCUCAACAAUGGUGGAUCAUCCACCAUCAACCUUCAAAGUUUCUUGCAUGAUCUUUGAAGCAUAUGACUGUAAUGCAUAAAGCUGCUGCCUAAUGUACAGGCAAUCUAAAUCUCUAUGUUUCUCUUUGUUUGAAACUUGAAAGCCCUUGAAUCGUGUUGAAGUAUGAUGGAUUCAGUUGUCCAGUAAACGGAUAAAUGGACAACAAUAGCACAUGCGUGACAAUAUAAUCAAAUGAUAUCAAUAGCCAAAUCUAAUCACCGCUGUGUAAACAUGUUAUCUUUUAAGAAAAAACUUUAUAUUUUAUUUA